AGAAUACCGUCGUUUAACUUUGCCAAGCUUAACAUAUUACAUAUAUCAUGGCAAUUCAAUUGGCAAAAGAAGCUGAAUCAAAUUAAACACCGAAGAAAGGCUUUGAUUAUACAGCAGAGCAAAGCAAAGCAGUCAUGGACAACACAACAGAAGCAGAAGCACCAAACGCAGCCCUAAUCAAUUCAUUCUGUGAAAUCACUUCGUCUUCAAAAGAAGAAGCCAUCUUUUUCCUCGAAAGCCAUCAAUGGAAUCUCGAUUCCGCCGUCUCAACUUUCUUAGACGACGACAACGACAACGACAACACCAACACCAACAGCAACAACAGUAUUAACAAUAAUAUUGACCCUGUUUCUGCUCCUUCGACACGUCCUUCCAAUUCUUUAUCCUCCUCUCCUUCUCCCGAGUCUCAUUCUCCUAAUUACAGUCCUUCACUAUCUCCCUCUCGCUCUCGCUCUCCCUCUCCAUCUCCUGCAGCACCUUAUCGGUUACGAUCCAGAAGGAAGAAGCCGGCCAAGUCUGCAGCUUCUGCUGGUGGAAGCAAAACGCGUCGUGAUGGAGUCCGUACACUUGCUGAUCUGAAUCACGCGCCUGAUGCGAGGUCUGCUAGCGACGACGACGACGAUGACUAUGAGCCUGAGGAGUAUUAUACUGGUGGCCAAAAGAGUGGCAUGCUGGUUCAAGACCCUACAAAACCUUACGAUGCAGAUGCAAUUUUUGACCAAGCUAGACACUUAGGUGUGGAAAGACCUGUUGAUAACCUUCACUCUUCCUCAAGUUCUAGAAGCUUCACUGGGACUGGGAGAUUAUUAUCGGGUGAGACUGUUCCAUCCGCUCCUCAACCAUCUCAGGCUGUCAAUCACAAUGUCACUUUUUGGAGGAAUGGCUUUACUGUAAAUGAUGGCCCUUUGCGAAGAUUUGAUGAUCCCUCUAAUGCAGCCUUUUUAGAGAGCAUCAAGAAGUCCGAGUGUCCCUUUGAGCUUCAACCUGCAGAUGGGAGGUCUCAGGUCCAUCUUGAUCUCAUGAGGCGGGAGGAAAACUACUAUGAACCGAAGAAACGCCAGACUUCAUUUCAAGGCGUGGGAAGAACUUUAGGUAGCAGCAGUGGCACUGCCACUGAUCCAGCUUCUCCCACUGUUUCUUUGAAGACACCUCCUUUGCCAUCAGUAGGUCUAGUUGUAGAUUCUUCAUUACCAACCACUUCAAUUCAGCUUAGGUUAGCCGAUGGCACGCGCAUGGUAUCACGGUUCAAUUUGCAUCAUACUAUCAGAGAUAUCCGUGACUUCAUUGAAGCAUCAAGACCUGGAGGGGAGAGAAAUUACCAACUGCAAACCAUGGGGUUCCCUCCCAAACAGCUCAUUGAUCCAGAGCAGACAAUAGAAGCCGCUGGCAUUGCAAAUUCUGUUGUUAUUCAGAAAUUUUAAACUGACAGCAGGUGGAAUACCCUCUUGGUCAAGCUCCUGGCAUAUAUUAAGUUGUAUUCCUUAUAUUAUAGGAGACUCCGAACAUAAUGUUUCCAAAUUCCCGUCAGUCCCAACCAAAUAUCAUGUUUUGGAAUAAGGUGCAAUUUAACUUACGAACUUAUAACUUGGGUUCAAUUUGACUUCCUUUUCUUCUUUC